AUGCAGAAAUUCCGGAUUUUCGUGCGAUUUACUACAUCCAAGGUGCCCAAGGGUAUGAAUCGAUUCAGUACAGGUAGGACUGAAUAUGCCAUGAUGUGGAAGUUGAGCGUGUGGUCGAUGUUCUCAUGGGGAUGCCUCCCAACUCCCAAGAAGUUUUCGUAUCCGCGGACGGGAGUGCCCAAGGACAACAGCCCCUCAGCUUCCGUCCAGGAAAGUGAUUUUCUCGCUGUGAGCAAUCGCGAUCACUUUCGUUCCUCGUCAGGUGAGGAAUCUGAACUCGAUGAUGCGUUGUGGGUCAUUCCCUGCCAACCAGCUCAGAGCUCUGGCGCUCUUGAAGCCCAGGGAUCAGGAGUGGUUCAGAGCCAUCGAAAUGCGGGCAUAUCGAGCUGCGGAUUGUUCAGCAUGGAUUCUCUAGAACACGCAUCUCCUCACAAGGCUUCUCGUCCCAAGACCAUUGCGUUAAGACCUGAUCGCCGAGUCGCAAGGGAUUUCUUUGAUAAGGAAUCGACACCCUCUUCCUUCAUGGACCUCACGAUGACGGCUUCAGCCAUGAAGAUCCUUGAGAGCAAGGAAAAGACCAACAACGUGUUACACCGAAGGGAGGAGAAACAUGAGCAGACGCCUGAACAGGCUGCAGAGAAACAUAACAGCUCAUCUCCGAAAAGAAGCAAGUCCGCAAUGUCCGUGAGGCAUGGAAGGUUGGUCUUGAAGUCCGUGGAGCAACCUUUCACAGCGCCACGGGGGGUGCGGUACACAACAAUGACGAGGAGCGGGCCCUUCCGGGAAGAUUUCAAACCCAACGGCUCGCUGUUCUUCCGGAAACAUUACAUCAAGAACGAGAGUCUGCAAGAGUCUGGAUUAGAGGAUUCCUGA